AUGAAACGCAGCGGUGGUGUUACAAGUGAAAAUGAAAAAGUUUCGCGUCGAAAAGUGAAUUCAGAAUUUCAAAAGCGAUUUCAAGGAUGUAGCCAUCUUUCUUCAUAUGAACUUAUGGAAAAAUUAGGUGAAGGAACCUUUGGUGAAGUCUAUAAAUCGAAAUAUAGGGCGACUGGAAAGCUAUAUGCCCUAAAAAAGAUAUUACUACAUACAGAACGAGAAGGAUUUCCAAUAACUGCAAUUCGAGAAAUCAGAAUUUUAAAAUCCCUUUGUCAUGAGAAUGUGAUUGCCUUGACGGAUAUGACGGUUGUACGGGCUAAUAAAAAACAACGAAAACGAGGCUCGAUUUACAUGGUUACUCCUUAUAUGGAUCAUGACUUAUCGGGCUUAUUGAAGAAUCCUAGCGUGAAAUUUACCGAACCUCAAAUUAAAUGUUACAUGAAGCAAUUACUUGCUGGAACAAAGUAUCUUCAUGAUAGCUUAAUCCUUCACCGUGAUCUGAAAGCUGCAAAUUUGCUUAUUGACAACCACGGGUUCUUGAAAAUAGCAGAUUUUGGUUUGGCCCGUGUUAUAGACGAAGAAUCUUAUGCGAAUAAGUAUCCCGGAAUUUCACCUCCAAAUCGCCGAGAAUAUACGGGUUGCGUAGUGACAAGAUGGUACCGAUCUCCAGAGCUAUUAUUGAAUGAACGUCGUUAUACGACAGCAAUUGAUAUGUGGAGUGUGGGUUGUAUAAUGGCAGAAAUGUACAAAGGAAAGCCAAUAAUGCAAGGUUCAAGCGACUUAGAUCAAUUAGACAAGAUUUUUCGACUUUGUGGAUCUCCUACUCAAAGCACGAUGCCUAAUUGGGAAAAACUUCCUGGGUGUGAAGGUGUUCGUUCAUUCCCUGCGCAUCCUCGAACACUGGAAACGGCAUUCUUUAGUUACGGAAAGGCUAUGACCUCCUUAUUUGGCUCUAUCUUACAAUUAGAUCCAGAUGAACGUUUGUCUGCCGGUAUGGCACUGGAACAUGAAUAUUUUACUACUGAGCCUUUACCUGCGGAUCCUUCACAACUACAGCAUUAUACUUCUUCGCAUGAAUACGAUAAAAGAAAAGAUAGAGAUAUUCAAAAUGCUAACAGUAACCCGUACAACAAAAAGCGUUCCUUCCGCUUCAUUACUCGAGGUCCUGGUGAUCCUUGGUAUGGAAUGCGCAGACCAAAUCAACAAUAUCGCGGUGGCAAUCGCCGUGACAAUGAAGGAGGUGGACAACAAUAUCACCAAUACUCUCGAAGAAACCAAAAUCAAUAUAUGUCGAGCAGGUCAGUAUCGUAUCAACGUUCCCGUGAUUAUCCUCUUUCUUCUGGCAUUGAGCGUGAAAGACAUUAUCGUCCCGAGACAAGAAAUCGAAAUUCGCGGCCUGACGCUUCCAGUUUGCGAGCAUCCGUGGAACCCCCCUUGAAACGGUCUAACACUGAUCAACAACCUGUUUGGCAACGUCAGCAAAACAACGCGAAGUCCAGCGAGCCUCAAUCUUCUAUCAAUGAUCGUGAUGAUUCUAGGAGAUCUUCAAUGACGAUGCGUAAUGCGUCUGGUUCUGAAGAAUACGCAAAAAGAAACCAACCUUCGCCUUCUUCCGGUCACUUAUAA